CCAUUUUCCUCGCAGUUACUGCGAUUAGAAAUUUUCCGAUUGCAAUAAUUUCUUCGAAGGGAAAGAAAGUUGAUGCUUGUUGCGUGCCUAAAUUCACUCGAAUGCUUCUUAAAUAUCGACGACGAGAGACCAGAAUUUUAUUCCAAUUUUAAAGGACAGAAUAACUUCUACACUUAAUAAAUUAUUCCUAGCAAUUUUCGUCAAAGUACGUCAAGCGGUCAACAGACAUUCGUUUCUUCCUUAAACAAUCUUGACAACGUAACGCAAUAGUAACUUCAAAAUUGUUCGAACGUUUCCAGCGUUUCGAACACUGUCCUCUAAUUUUCGCCGUAAACGCAUCGAGUCCGCGGACCAAUUGUUGCGCGUUGUACGGGAUUCGAAAGCUAGAUUCUCUCCGGAAUCGGCGCGUCCGUUUCAAAAGAGGUCCGAAAAUCGUCCUAAUUCCGUGAACGAGGAUCGGCGGAGUCGUCGACCUCCCCCCGAUCCGACCCGGCGGAAACGCGAUUGUCAGCGGCUUUCCCGUGCCGGUAAUUCAAAUACCGCGAACGAGGAAAAACUCGAGAGGGUUUUGUUCGUAGGGAAAUUCCCCGUUGUAAAAAGCGUCAUCGAUUUUGCCGAGCGUGAUCGAGAUCAGUUUUCCACGUAGCACGCCCCGUUAUCUUAUCUAGGCGAUCUGACGUUAGAUUCCGCGGAGAAGAUCAACGAGCAUCAGUUGCGGGAGCACCGCCGUCGGUUUCGUGUCCCCCAAAUAACGAUAACUCGCGUUCCUCGAAUUAAUUGUUCGCUUUGGAUGUCCAGGGAGCAGGAACAUCGGUGAAACAUGGGCGAGGAACGUGCGGUCUCCGACACUGGGGGCGGUGUGAGCGAUUCCGGCAAGAGACCGGAAGUCCUCAAGAGCAACCACGAGGUACGGAGGAAGAUGGAGCGUGGUCUGCACGAGCGGGACCGCGUCGGCGUCCAGGACUUCGUCCUCCUCGAGGACUUUCAGAGCGAGGCGGCGUUCAUCGAUAAUUUGCGGAAACGGUUCAAGGAAGAUCUAAUUUACACGUACAUCGGCCAGGUACUCGUUUCCGUGAAUCCCUACAAGAAGCUGCCGAUCUAUGAUCCAGCAACGAUCCAGUACUAUCAUGGACGGAACUUCUUCGAAGCGCCACCGCACAUUUUCGCGCUGGCAGACACCGCGUAUCAGUCUUUGUCCAAGGAGAACUUGGACCAGUGUAUUCUCAUCUCAGGCGAAUCCGGUUCCGGGAAGACCGAGGCCUCGAAGAAGGUCCUCGAAUUUAUCGCAGCGGCCACCGGCCACAAGAAGCAAGUGGAGGAAGUGAACGAUAAAUUGAUCGGUAGCAAUCCGGUGCUCGAAGCGUUCGGAAACGCGAAAACUAAUCGCAAUGAUAAUUCGUCCCGUUUCGGCAAGUACAUGGAUAUCCAAUUUAAUUUCCAGGGAGACCCGAUCGGCGGUAACAUACUGAAUUACCUGCUCGAGAAGUCGCGAGUCGUGCAUCAAUUUACCGGUGAGAGGAACUUCCAUAUUUUCUAUCAAUUGCUGGCUGGAGCCAGCGACGAGACAUUGAGGGAUCUGUUCCUCAAAAGGAACUUGGACACUUACUAUUACCUCUCCAACGGAACAAAGGGUACCGUGGAUAGCAUCGACGAUGGCAGUCAGUACAAGGAGGUGAUAAACGCUAUGAAGACCAUGGAGAUGAACCAACAGGAACAGGACGAUCUAUUCGCCAUAGUCGCUUCUGUGUUGCACUUGGGAAACGUUGGUUUCACAGAGGAAGAUGGCGUCGCUCAGAUAUUAAAGCCUGGCUCGGUGGAAGCUGUUGCCACUUUGCUGGGAUGCGACGUGAAACAAUUAGCGGAUGCGUUUACACACCGCACAAUAGACGCCCGCGGCGACGUGGUCGUAUCACCGUUGAACAGGGAGCUGGCAAUUUAUGCACGCGACGCACUGGCCAAAGCCGUAUACGACAGACUGUUCACGUGGCUCGUGACCAGGUUGAAUAAAUCACUGCAACCGGUCCACGAUCCUCCGCGCAAGAUGGUCAUGGGAAUCCUGGAUAUAUAUGGGUUCGAAAUCUUCCAAAAGAACAGCUUCGAGCAGUUCUGUAUAAAUUAUUGUAACGAGAAGUUGCAACAGUUGUUCAUUCAACUGACACUGAAGUCCGAGCAGGAGGAGUACUUGAGGGAGGGUAUCACCUGGGAGAAUAUUCAAUAUUUCAACAACAAAGUCAUUUGCGACCUGAUCGAGGAGAAGCAUAAAGGUAUAAUAUCGUUAAUGGACGAGGAGUGUCUUCGUCCGGGCGACCCAACCGACCUGAGCUUUCUGGAGAAGUUGAAUGUCAAUCUGAACAAUCAUCCUCACUACAUAAGCCACAUGAAGGCAGACCUGCAGACGCAGAAACUUAUGGGGCGAGAUGAAUUCCGAUUGGUACAUUACGCUGGCGACGUGACGUACAAUGUCCGAGGAUUCCUUGAAAAGAAUAAUGACCUACUGUUCAGAGAUUUGCGUGAAGUAAUGUCGAAUACAACGAAUUCGAUUACCAAGAGUGUGUUUGACGUCAAAGACUUGACUAGUAAAAAGCGACCAGAAACGGCUGUCACACAAUUCAAGAACAGUUUGAACAACCUCAUGGAGAUUCUCAUGGGCAAGGAGCCAUCCUACAUUCGUUGCAUCAAGCCUAAUGACUUCAAGAUGUCGCAUCAAUUUAACGACAAGAUUGUACUGCAUCAAGUGAAGUAUCUGGGUCUUAUGGAGAAUUUACGAGUUCGGCGAGCUGGUUUUGCCUAUAGGAGACCAUACGAACAGUUCUUACAACGUUAUAAGUCCCUCUGUUCAGAAACUUGGCCCAAUUAUCAUGGAUCAGCCAAAGAUGGUGUACAGAUCCUUGUGUGUUCUCUUGGGUUUGAAGAAGAGGAAUACAGGAUGGGCAACACAAAAUUGUUCAUUCGAUUCCCGAAGACAUUGUUCGACACAGAAGACGCCUUCCAGAUGAAGAAACACGAUAUAGCUGCUAUUAUUCAGAGUAAAUGGAGAUGUAUAUUAGCUAGACGAAGGUUCUUGAGGAUGAGGAAGGCAUCUAUGAUAUUGCAAAAGAAUAUUCGAAGAUGGCUGGCGAUGCGGGAAGCUGACAGAAGACGAAAAGCAGUUAUUACUAUUCGAAGGUUCAUCGAAGGAUUCAUUACGCGAAACGGACCACCGACUGAAAUCAAUAUGGCAUUUAUCGAAUUGGCGAAGUCGCAAUGGUUGAUCAAGCUCUCUAAAACACUCCCUGUUGGCGUUUUGAAUAAUUAUUGGCCAUCAUGUCCUUAUUCCUGUCGAGAAGCCUCUGAACACCUUCGUGUCAUUCAUAAGAAAUGGAGAGCGCGCAAAUACAGACUGGCCUUGUCCAAGGAAGAAAAAGAACAGUUCGAAUUGAAGAUUUUAGCGGAGUCUCUGUUUAAAGAUAAGAAAAAGUCGUAUGCUAAGAGUUUAGGGCCGAAAUUCCACAACGAUCGGCUUGGCGCAGAAUUUAAAGCGUUGAGACAGAGUUUUACGAAUAAUAUUCUUCCUAGAGAUGAGACUAUAAAGUAUGCUACUCCUGUCAUUAAAUAUGAUCGGCAUGGAUACAAACCCCGCGAAAGGGUUCUUAUUUUAACAGAAAACGCGGUGUACAUUCUGGAUACAUUAAAAACGUUUAAACUUAAGCACAGACUACCUUACAAGUCCAUAGAAGAAUUGGUUGUAACUGGAGAAUCGGAUAAUCUGUUGAUUGUCAGGAUACCGCCCGAAUUGAAGAAAGACAAGGGAGAUUUAAUAUUGGAAGUACCAUAUAUAAUAGAAGCACUAACGAAAGCAAUUGAUAUCACCAACAAUCCAAAUAUCCUUAAAAUAGUUCACACUGAAUCGGUUUCACACAAACUAGUCAGCGGUAAAGAAGGUGUAAUCGAAUUCAGAACGGGUACAACACCAGCCAUCAGUAAAAAUAGGCAAAGUGGACACUUGCUGGUGGUAAAUACAAACUCUGCCGCAUAAAAUAAUUGAGGUAAUGAUUCUCGCGGCUUGUAUUCACGUGUAAUAUUCUAGGUGGCAUCUCCAUAAUAUCUCGAUGAAAUUUUAAAACGGAAAAAUUAUUAUGUACUUAGAAGGAUGUGUUCAGCAUGGGAAGUUUACGGGCAGGCUUGUGAUCUAGAACGGAAGAUCGUUAAGAAGAGAUAAUAUAUUGAAAUUUAGUAAAUUUGUUAAAUAACACUCGCCGUUUUGUACCUUGUUAAACAAUGUCAGUUUGUAAAAUACUGUGUGAGAUAAUGUUUAUUUUUAUAAUUAGCGAAUUGCCUGCAAAAUGGAUCGUUUUUGCAAGUAGCAUGGGAUCACUUAACAGUGAAAAAAGUCAGUGCCUUCUAUGAAAAAUCGUCAGCUAAUCGCACAAGAAAAUAAUUUAUUAUCGGAUAUCUUCCGGGUGCAUUGAAAAAAAAGAAAGAAAUAUUUCCCUUUUUCUAUAUUUAUAUUAUAUAAGUCACUGUGCCAUCAAUAAUAUUUUAUGUUCAGAAUUAUCUUAUGGAAUAUUGACAACAUAGAAUUAAACUAAUAACCCUUCGGUCGUAAACAAAAUGAGUGGAUUUUAUUAAUCUUUUUUUGUGUUACGUGUCCUUAUUCUGGAAGCCAAUUUUGAAUAUGAGUCUUGCUUUGCUCGUCUAUUAUUUGUGUAAAAUAUUUUUAAAAAACAGCAUUACUCUAUUCACCGAAAAUACAGUAAAACAUUUGGUUUCUUCAUUCUUAUAUUAUUGCUCUUAUUUAAUAGUAAUAUUUAUUUAAAAUAAAGAAAGAACGAUUUAAUUGUAAAAUGUAA